GCCAGGGAGGCAGGAGGGCCGAAGAGGAAAGCUCGGAGAAGUAAACAUUGCCGGCUGGCAGGGGUGAGAGAGCAAGCCAGGUCUGUUCUAGGUGGCGAGAGCCAUGCAAUUCUCCAGCGCAUCCAGGGCAGCAGAUGAGAAUUUUGACUAUUUGUUCAAGAUUAUCCUCGUUGGGGAUUCCAAUGUGGGGAAGACGUGUGUGGUGCAGCAUUUCAAAUCUGGGGUCUACACAGAGACACAGCAGAACACGAUCGGGGUGGAUUUCACUGUGCGCUCCCUUGAGAUCGAUGGCAAGAAAGUGAAGAUGCAAGUGUGGGACACUGCAGGCCAGGAGCGGUUCCGGACCAUAACGCAAAGCUACUACCGCAGCGCCCAUGCGGCCAUCAUCGCCUAUGACCUCACCCGACGUCCCACCUUCGAGUCUGUUCCUCACUGGAUCCACGAGAUAGAAAAAUAUGGCGCGGCGAACUUGGUCAUUAUGCUGAUUGGGAACAAGUGUGACCUGUGGGAAAAACGCCAUGUCCUGUUUGAAGAUGCCUGCACUCUGGCUGAGAAAUACGGCCUCCUUGCUGUUUUGGAAACCUCGGCUAAGGAGUCUAAGAACAUAGAUGAGGUCUUUGUGCUGAUGGCCCGGGAGCUGAUCGCCCGCAACAGCCUGCACUUGUUUGGCGAGAGCACCCUGAAUGACCUGGCCCUGGAUUCCAGGCCGGUUCUCAUGGCCCAGGGGCCGAAGAAGACCCACUGCACGUGCUGAAUAUGCCCUGCGGGCCAGCUGCGCCCCCACCCCCCACCCUCGGCGCCUGAUGUCUGAAACCAAAAGUAUCAUGUUGUCAGCCCCUAGCAUCUCAGACUGAUGCAGACUCGCCCCUGAUUAACAUCCCCCCAGCCCCCGGGGAUGGGGAGCACCGUUGCCUGAUUCACACCAGAGGCCAUACUGCAUACUCUGAGGAAGAGGACGCCACUGUUUCUUGGAUUCUGCCUAGGGCUUGAGGCACAGGGGAGGACAGGCUCUGCUCUUUUUCAGCCUUGAAUUUUGCCUCCCCAACCCUUCAACCGUUUCCUACUGAAUUCUGCUUCUCACUCAAAGAAGAGGGUAGUGAAGGAAAGAAGAAAGGAGAAUAAUUCAGAGAGGGGAGAGGAUGUUUAGAACAUUCCAGAGCAGUUUAGAGCAGCUCUGGCAUGGAAGGAUGGGAAAAAAGCCUGCGGCGAUAAACCAGAAUGCUGCGGACAUUCACACGUCAGGUCUUUUGCUUGGGGGACAAAGCCUUUGACAUAAAGAUCAAUACUGUUUUGCCAAAUGGUCAAGAGCCACGUGAUGGAGACAGAAUUGGAUCCCGUACUAUCCCAGUUAGACAGACUGGACCACCCUCCUAGAAUGUGGCAGAUGCCUACAGUUUCCUUUCUAAAAUACCAGAUCAUCUGCUGGAUAAAAUCUCACUUCUGAAUUGAAACUAAAUGGGUUCAUGGGUGAAUUUCAAGACCAUAUCGACCUCACGGUGUGGCCCCUGUGAGUGCCUGUGAGAGAUAAGCAUUCUCCUGUCAAAGUCAGGAGACAAUCGUAAUAAUCUUGUUUUGUAAUGAUAAGAGCCACAGGGCUGGUACAGCCACGACGAUGGCUCUGAACAAGGAAAGGUCCGUGGUGGCUCACUGUGGCACUGGCCACAGGCUGAGACCAACACAAAACAGCCACUGGCCACAU